ACGUGUUCAGCCAUUUUGUUAUUAUUUUCGAAAAUCUGUAGGUUGGAUUGUAAGGACGACGCAAAGCCUGCAAGUUUUCUCGUUUCUCGUUUAAAGUGAAAGGAAAAAAACAAGAAAUUCGUAUGGGACAUAUGAAAUAAAGUUUCGACGAUCAAACGGCCUCGGUGGGUAUCGUACAUUUACGUGUGGAAAGCUCUCUCUUCACUGACGAUCGUCGCAAACGGAGCAAAGGCAGGAGUGACGAGUGCGAGAGAACGUGCGAAAGAUAGAGAGAGAAAGAGACGGUGAGGAACAGCGAGUCUAUGAAACGAGGAACGAAAUUGGUCGCGCGCGGGAAUCAGCGGUUGUGUGUUUGGCCUUUUUCUGAUUGUGAUUUGCUGCGAAAGAUUGUGAUUGCUGGUGUGAAACGUGUGUUUUUUACCUACGAGUUGAGAAUCUACGUAUGGGAGUUGAUGCGGUAUGUGGAAAAUCGUUUACGAUACUUUGUACGUUGAACAACGACGCAAUGAGUAAAGUGCACCCGGAUAACACAAAUCUACGAAUUCCAGUCAUCUGUUAUCGAUAUUAUAUACCUGACGCAUCACUGGUGCUUCACUAAAUAUAGAGUGUAUGAAAGCUGGAUAAUUUAAAGUAAAUAUGGCAACUUUAGCAGAGCAAGCAUCUAAGCUUCUGGAUUUUAAUCAGAAGCUAGAUAUAACACUUCUUGAUAACAUAGUAGGUUGUAUGUACACUGGCGUAGGUGAACAACAAAGAAUUGCACAGGAAGUAUUAACCACACUUAAAGAACAUCCAAACGCUUGGACACGUGUAGAUACUAUUCUAGAAUAUUCACAAAAUCAACAAACAAAGUAUUAUGCUUUACAAAUAUUGGAACAAGUUAUAAAAACGCGAUGGAAAGUAUUACCACGAAAUCAGUGUGAGGGUAUAAAAAAAUAUAUUGUAGGCCUUAUCAUAAAAACAAGCAGUGAUCCAGAAACAAUGGAAGCCCAAAAAGUUUAUCUUAAUAAACUUAAUAUGAUUUUAGUACAGGUUUUAAAACGAGAAUGGCCAAAAAACUGGGAAUCCUUUAUUAGUGACAUUGUUGGAGCAAGUAAAACAAAUGAAAGCCUAUGUCAGAAUAAUAUGGCAAUUCUGAAAUUACUGUCGGAAGAAGUAUUCGACUUUUCUAGUGGACAAAUGACACAAACAAAAGCGAAACACUUGAAGGAUACAAUGUGCAGUGAAUUCUCACAAAUUUUUCAGCUUUGCCAGUUUGUGUUGGAUCAUUCACAGAACGUUCAAUUAGUAGCAGCUACAUUAGAAACACUUUUAAGGUUUUUAAACUGGAUCCCUCUUGGAUAUAUUUUUGAAACAAAAUUAAUAAGUACAUUAAUAUUCAGUUUCUUAAAUGUACCAACAUUCAGAAAUAUCACAUUGAAAUGCUUAACUGAAAUCGCUGGUGUUUCCACAAAAAAUUAUGAUGGCGUAUUCGUAUUAUUAUUCGUCAAUGUAAUUCUGCAAAUAGAGCAAAUUCUACCCCUUGACACUAACAUACGCGAGGCGUAUGCAGCUGGCGGUGAUCAAGAACAAAACUUCAUUCAAAAUCUGGCUAUAUUUCUAUGCACACUCUUGAAGGAACGUGGACAUUUCAUAGAAGGACAUCAAGUACAUGAUGAUCUCCUCAAAGCGUUGCACUAUCUCGUAUUAAUUUCUGAAGUCGAGGAAGUGGAGAUAUUCAAGAUUUGUUUGGAAUAUUGGAAUACAUUGGCGAUGAAUUUAUACAGAGCGCACCCUUUCCCAUCUCCGACGACCCCGCUGUUUAUAACUAAAAGCACAAUUUCGUCUAGAAGAUCAUUUUACAAUCCAGUUCUAACGAAAGUCAGAUACAUUAUGAUCAGCAGAAUGGCUAAACCAGAAGAAGUUCUUGUCGUAGAAAAUGAAAAUGGGGAAGUUGUCCGAGAAUUUAUGAAAGACACUGAUUCGAUUAACUUGUACAAAAAUAUGAGAGAGACUCUUGUAUAUCUCACUCAUCUUGAUUACAUAGAUACUGAAAGGAUAAUGACAGAAAAGUUGCAGAAUCAAGUGAAUGGAUCAGAAUGGUCUUGGAAGAAUCUCAAUGCAUUAUGCUGGGCAAUAGGCAGUAUUUCUGGUGCGAUGCACGAAGAAGAUGAAAAGCGGUUUCUGGUAACCGUAAUCAAAGAUCUCCUUGGUCUUUGUGAACAAAAGAAAGGGAAAGAUAAUAAAGCUAUUAUUGCUAGCAAUAUUAUGUAUGUAGUCGGCCAGUACCCAAGAUUUCUUAGAGCGCAUUGGAAAUUUCUAAAGACUGUUGUAAAUAAAUUGUUUGAAUUUAUGCACGAAACUCACGACGGUGUACAGGAUAUGGCCUGUGACACAUUCAUAAAAAUAGCUUUGAAAUGUAGGCGACACUUUGUCACACCUCAACCAGGAGAAUUAGUACCAUUUAUUGAAGAAAUCCUUUCUACAAUCAGUACUAUAAUUUGUGAUCUUCAAACACAGCAGGUACAUACAUUUUAUGAAGCAGUCGGAUACAUGAUAAGUGCAGAAACAUCUACAGUAAUGCAAGAAGAAUUAAUAGAAAGAUAUAUGCUUUUACCAAAUCAAGUAUGGGAUGAUAUAAUAAGCCAAGCAUCUAAAAACGUUGACGUUUUGAAGGAUCAGGAAGCCGUAAAACAACUUGCUAGUAUCCUGAAAACAAAUGUAAGAGCUUGCAAAGCUCUUGGACAUCCAUACGUGAUACAAUUAGGAAGAAUAUAUUUAGAUAUGUUGAACGUUUAUAAGGUUAUGAGUGAAAAUAUCAGUGCUGCAAUAACUUUGAAUGGUGAAUCAGUGAUGGAACAAUCUUUAAUUAAAUGUAUGAGAGUAGUGAAAAAGGAAACAUUAAAAUUGAUCUCAGAUUGGGUCAGCAGGACAACUGAUCGCCAGAUGGUUUUAGAAAGUUUUAUUCCUCCGUUAUUGGAUGCUGUAUUAUUGGAUUAUCAAAAAACAAAUGUUCCUUGUGCUCGAGAACCGGAGGUAUUGAGUUGUAUAGCCACGAUCGUGAAUAAACUAGAAGGUCACAUUACCUGUGAGAUCCCCAAAAUAUUUGAUGCUGUGUUUGAAUGUACUUUAGAAAUGAUCAAUAAAGAUUUUGAAGAAUUUCCGGAACAUAGAACAAAUUUCUUUUUACUUUUACAGGCAGUGAAUGUUUCUUGCUUUUCUGCGUUUCUUAUAAUUCCGCCAGCACAAUUUAAACUUGUACUUGAUUCAAUAAUUUGGGCUUUCAAACAUACAAUGAGGAACGUUGCGGAUACAGGAUUACAAAUACUGCAUCAGCUUCUACAAAACAUAGAAAUCUCAACUGCCGAUACACAAAAUUUCUAUCAGACAUACUUCACGGAUAUUCUUCAACAUAUAUUCAGUGUAGUCACAGACUCAUCUCACAUAGCAGGCCUUAAUAUGCAUGCUACAAUUUUGGCAUACAUGUUUUCACUUGUUGAACUCGGACGAAUAAAAAUUCCGUUGGGACCUGUACCAGAUAAUACAUUGUACAUUCAAGAAUACGUUGCAAGAUUGCUUAAAACAGCAUUUCCACAUUUGACCGAUAAUCAGAUUAAAAUAACUGUACAAGGUUUCUUCAAUCUCAAUCGAGAUAUCCCUGCAUUCAAGGAACAUCUUAGAGAUUUCCUUGUGGAAAUUAGGGAAUAUACUGGCGAAGAUGAUUCAGAUCUAUAUCUCGAGGAAAGAGAAACCGCGUUAAGAUUGGCACAAGAAGAAAAAAGGGUACAGCAAAUGGCAGUACCAGGAUUACUUAAUCCUCACGAAAUACCAGAAGAGAUGCAGGACUGAGAUGCAGUCAUUUUCGUUACCUGCUUUCUGUACAUCUCAAUAAGAAACAUUUUGUUACAGAGACUAUUGUAUCCUUUGAUCUGCGACUUUUCCCACAUGUACCACAGCCACCAUCAAGAUGGAUAGACAUUACAUACUUUUUAAAGCCAA